AUGGACCGAUCGACUACCUUCCUUCUGGUCUGCCUGGUUGGCCUGGUCCUGUUUGCCUCGCCGGCCGCGGCAUUCGGAGCUGGCAACAUUGCCUCCAUCUCCAGGAUCGAAGGUCACAACUGGCGUCAUGGCGACAUUGAGGACCUGCUGGAGACUGUCGCAUUCAUCCACGGCCACAAAUGGACUUCGAUGAUGGUCAAGCGGGCCUACUUCGGCAACUGGUUACGAGACUACAGCCAGGCGGUCGAUGUUGGUACCCUCAAAGGCGUCCCAGCUGAUACGAUUCGAGUGCUCGUGUGGGUAUUGUCAUUCAUGAGCUUCGGCUAUGCGACGUUGGAAUUCGAAGUCACAUCAGAGAGACUUGGCGUAUACCGGCCCGAGGAACACAUCGACAACCCGAAGGACUAUGCCGAUAACCAGGAUGCCAGACAAUACGAUCAGCGCUUGCGUGGCCCAGUCAUGCCCAUUGAGCUUCAGGUCGACCCAAAUACUGGCAUGAAGAAUUACAUUGCCAAUGAGAAUUUAGGCAUCGCCACAUCGCUUGGGUAUAUUAAGUGGAGCUUCGCACGAAGUAUUCACUUUGGCCGCUUGUACACCCGCGGAGCUCAGAGUGGCCGAGAGGAGGACCUGUGUGAAGCUUUGAGAUGUCUUGGCCAAGGUCUACACUGCAUGGAGGACUUCGGGGCACACACAAACUACACUGAGCUGGCUUUACGCGAGCUCGGUCUUCACAAUGUCUUCCCAAUGGUCGGCACGCAGACCAUGAUUAACUUGCACGGAAAGCAAGUGUAUCCUCUGGUUACUGGCACGUUCGGUGGUGUUGACUUCCUUCACUCUGUACUUGGCGAGGCCACCGAUCACGUCACUCAGGCAGAGGUCAACCAGACAGAGGUGGAUCAGCUAAACAAUGCUCUUUCGAGCGCAGAGUCUAAUGGCAAGCGAGGUGAUGCUGGAAGACCAGCAGGUGCACUCACCGACCUCUUGGCCAAGAUCCCCGGCACUGGCGAUUUGAUCCAGGAAGCUCAAAGCCUUCAAGCAUCGGCCGAAGCCCAGGCGGCACAGAAUGCUCACGGUGGCUCAAGAGGUAUCGAAGACUCUUAUGCACCAUACGGAGACAACUACGGCGCCUCUCGUGCAAACGAACAAGGGUCAUCUUACCAGCAGAGUACCGCACCACAGCAGCAACAGAUGGGUCCCAACCAGACGCCAGCUGGUUUCCAAGCACCGCCGAAGGUCGAUGCUGCCGCAGUCGUGGCUAGGAUAUACCCAAUUCUUGCAUUCCGCGACAAAGUCGUUCGUCAAAUCUCUGCCAUCGUCAGCAAAAUCCCAGGCCUUGAGAAGAUGAUCGACACCAUCACCGAGAAGGUCACACUUUUUGUCAUGGGCCUUCUGGCACCAUUCAUCAAGCCAUUGAUUGCUUCUGCCUCCAAUGCGCUCAAGCAAGGCAGUGGGACUGUUGUCGACUCCAGUGCGAAGCAACAGUACCUUGUCUGGACCGACCCGACGUCUUCUGACCCGACUCACUCCAUGCUCUCAAAAGACCACUUCAGUAACGUGCUGAAUGGACCAGCCGGUGAACUCGCCGCUUGCAUCCUCCAGUACGUUGCUCCUCGUGUAAUCUACGGAUGGGAGCACCCGGAAGUCCCAGAGCAUGAGAUCUUGAACGACAUCGGCCGUAUCUUCCAUCAUCCAGCUGCUCGUGACAAUAACGUUGAGAUCCACCGGAAGAUGUUCUCCGUCAUUGAGACCUGGCUCUCCAAGCGUCCCGAUCGCGGACACAGCCUAAAUGACGUGCUCUCUUCCGAAAGCGUCAAGGCUGGCCAUAACCACAAAGUUCAGAAUCUGCAGCAGAGCUUCGUCGGUGUUCAAAACAUUGCACAGCAACACGGCAUGCACAUUCCCAACGUUGGAACUGGUACUGCGUCCCACAGCGCGACCAGAGGAGGUGUUUUCGACAUGCUGGAGCAGAGGAGGGCGAUGGGCGGCGAUACUGUACCUGAGGGUGCUUACUCGCAGGCUCCGAUGCAAUCUACGCAUUACGAGCAGAGCAGUACCGCUUAUCCUUCGACGUACCAGCAGGGAUACGAGCAGCCUUGGCAACCUCAGCAGCAGCAGGGAGGGUAUGAUCAGGGCUAUGGUGGCGGGUAUCAGCAACAGCAGCAUCAAGGCAGUUACGGUGGUGGUGGCUAUGGAGGUGGGUACAAUCAGUACUAG